AUGUCCCAGGGUCGCAUUCACCUGGCGCGAGGAGAGAUUUGCGGCGUACCGAUGUUGCUCGCGAGAGAGGACAACUUCCGUAGAUUUAAUGUUGCCCUAAACGAUGCAGAUUUAGCGUUGUCCGGAAGGCAGCGAAUAUUGGAUGUCUUCUUCGACUCGGAGCAGAAAGUCGACGAUCCGACGACCGAUAACGAGGCCAGACAAAAAGGAGGAGCUUCGACCGCGGAAAGCAUGGGAUUAAUUACCGCGUGCCCGCGGCGGCGGCGGCGGCCUGUUUCUGCCUCCAGGAUCACGCUCAGUGUCGCGCAUCUCAUCGGUGAUCACGUCGCGGACGAUGCUGACCGCCAUGAAGCGGCGCAAGAGACUACAACUAGCGUUAUCGAGACGAGCGGAAGCAUCGAAGAACCGCCGUCGCCAGAGGGUCGAUUGCAACCGGAGGAUCUCUCCGUCACGGCCAAGAUCAAGGACAUCCGGGACACCGCGGAGAACUUGCCACCCCUGAAGACACCCGAGCUGAAGCUAUCGGUUCGCAAACUGCUCGGAUGCACCCCCUCGCCACCACCUAUAUCGAGGGACCGAUCACCCAGCCCGGAAAAUUGCGUUGAAUUAAAAAGUCAAAACUCUAGUGAUGGCAAAACUCUCGUAUCCUCCAAUGAUCAGGCCAAAGUGUCAUCUCAGGUUACAAGGUCGAGUGGACAAGGUCAAGAAGAUUCCAUUAAGGGAUCCAGCUGUCGGAGCAACGGAAGCGGCAACGGCAAGCAGAGGAGAUCACGGACGAACUUCACCAUUGAGCAAUUGGCCGAGCUUGAGAGGCUCUUCGAUGAGACGCAUUAUCCGGACGCGUUUAUGAGGGAAGAGCUGAGCCAGCGGCUAGGUCUCAGUGAAGCGCGGGUACAAGUCUGGUUCCAGAAUCGACGUGCCAAGUGUCGUAAACACGAGAGCCAGUUACACAAAGGUAACGUGCUCAUGGUGCUGGCACCGCGCAGCCCGCCGACGACGUUGGAGCCGUGUCGAGUUGCACCUUACCUGCCAGCCCUCAGGUUACAUCCGCCGCCGAUGCAGGGAACUACAAAUGUCACAGUAGGAUCAGCUUUUGACCCAGCGGUGCUGCACUACGCGGCAGCUGGGGGCCUCUUCUGUCUGCCACCACCACCGCCACCGCCGCCCCCGGCGCCGUCGGCUGGUCAUCCUCCUCAUCCGCUGAGCCUGGCGGCGUCAUUGGCCGCUGCGGCGGCUCGUUCGAAGAACAGCAGCAUCGCAGACCUUAGGCUGAAAGCGAGACGGCACCAGGAGGCCUUAGGGCUCGACAGGCCCGCGUAAGGUUCGCGGUGUGGUACGUCUUGGACGAAGAGGGACUCGACGGGGAUGAAGAAGUGCGAGUUGUGUCGUGACGGUUGCACGUGUCAUUGUUUCGUGCAGAAACUUGCUCGCGUAUAGAAUAUAAAAGCG